GGGGGGGCGGGGGUGGGCUGAGCCGUGCCGUGCCGUGCCGAGCCGAGCCGCGCCGUGCUGUUCCGAUAGGAGCCGUGCCGUUCCGAGCCGAGCCGAGCCGAGCCGCGCCGUGACAGCGUGCCCAGCCCGGGCCAGGCCCAGGCUCUGCUUUCUCCUGGGAGGCAAAGCCAAAGUCAAGAGCCACCUGUGAUGAAAGUCCUGCUCCUGCUCCUUCUCUCCCCCCUCCAAGGGGUGGGUGCAAGUGUCCACGAGGAGGAUUUCCGUUUCUGCGGAGAGAGGAACCAGACUGAGAGCAGCUCCGUCAUCUACAAGCACAGUCCUGCCAACAUCUCCAUUGAGAACACGGCCCAGGCACUAAUAAUAAAAAGUCCAUUUUUGCCAAGCAGGAGAAACUUUUACUACCAGUCCAGCUUGCCGCCCACUUUGGGCAGGUACCGCUUCUGCAUCUACUGGUUCAAGCCCAACAGGACCCUCUGGCUUGCAUACGGGAAGCAGAGCUUCCUCCUGGGCCAGGACCCACCCAGCAGCAUCACCCAGGAGAGGGACACACAGAAGACUGAAAGGACCAAGACCGCUAUCUUCAAUGUGUCUUAUGUCUUCAAGGGCCAGAAGAACACCUCCCUUGAGAGUGCAUCUGAAUACUUUUUCCCUGCCUCUCUGGAGAUCAUGCCCGUCUGGGAGCAAGACGUAGAGGGCCAGCUCGCUGCCCUGGACAGACUCCUUGCACAGGCGCCGGCCUCGGGUGCCACGGCACAGCGAUCACUUCGGCACAAACUUGGGGCCUUGGAGAGGAUGCUGGCGCAGGUGGAGCUCAAAGGGCAGAACCAGACCUUCGGGAAGGCCGCUCUGCGUGCCACCGUCCUGAGAGUCAGCACUGCGCAGGCUCCUCGGCACCUGGCCUUUGCUUCCCCAAGAGAGGAGAGCAGAGAGGUCCAGGGGUUCGCCGUGGAUCUGCCAAGCAGCUUGUUCGUGACAGCAAAGAAGGAGGUGGUGGAGCACAGGGUGCUCCUGGUGGACAUCAACAGCCAGGCCAUGUUCCAGGAUGAAAACAGCAGCCACAUCCUGGGUGACAAGGUGGUUGGCAUCUCCCUGGUGGACAUGGUGGUGGCCAAUCUCUCUGACCCGGUGGUCCUCACUUUCUUCCACAACCAACUGCUGAGGAAUGUGACCCUGCUGUGCGUCUUCUGGCAGGAGGACAGCACCGCCAGCUCUGGAAACUGGGAUAGCUAUGGCUGCACAACAGUGGAGGGGGAUAGACAGACGUACUGCAGAUGCAACCACCUCACCUACUUUGCUGUGCUAAUGGUAUCCUCUCCAGAGAUUACCUACAUACACAGAGACUAUCUGAGCAUCAUCACGUACAUUGGCUGCCUUAUCUCAGCUUUGGCAUCCAUUUGCACCAUCUUCUUCCUCUACUUCAGAAGCAAGCAGCGAGACCAGAUCACGAGCAUGCACAUCCACAUGAACUUGCUGGGUGCCAUCUUCCUCCUGGACUUCACCUUCCUCAUCUCAGAGCACUUGGCUGCCAGCAGCAGCGAGGCAGCCUGCAGAGCUGGGGGGCUGUUCCUGCACUUCUCCCUCCUGAGCUGCCUCACCUGGAUGGGCAUCGAGGGCUACAACCUCUACCGGCUUGUGAUCGAAGUCUUCAAUGCCUACCAUGACCACUUCCUCCUCAAGCUCUGCCUGGUGGGCUGGGGACUCCCCUUCUGUUGCGUGAUGCUGAUCUUCCUGACUAAUUGGACGAACUACGGCCCAUUCUCCAUUCCCAUGUAUGAAUCCAUUGGUGGAAAGUCCACCAAUGCAACCAUAUGCUGGAUCACGAGCCCCCUGAUCCAUAACGUGGUAAACCUGGGUUUCUUCAGCCUGGUAUUCCUCUUCAACUCCGUCAUGCUGGGGGCCAUGGUCCGGGAGAUCCUCCAGCAGAACAAGAAAGGCCACAAGCUCAAGCAUGUCCUAGCCCUCUUUGGUCUAAGCAUCCUGCUGGGCAUUCCCUGGGCACUGGUGUUCUUCUCCUUCACCUCCGGCAACUUCCGCCUUGUCUCCCUCUACAUCUUCACCAUCAUCAACUCACUCCAAGGUUUUCUCAUCUUUCUCUGGUACUGGACCAUGGUGCUGCAGGCAAAAAAGUCCUCCAACUCCCAGAGCAGCUCUGACAGCAUGAAACUGCAGCCUAACAGCAGCCAGAGCCACCCUGGCUGAGCCUCGUGCUGGCCAUGCCAUGGGGCUGCCUGGCCGGGGCUCCCCGCAUGGAGGGCAGCCAUAGCAAGCACCAGCGCCGGCCGCUUUGCUACUCACCUGCCCCAUGGGGCUGCUGGGAGCACAGGGAUCUGCAGUAGAGACCCCCAGCCCCUCGCCUCCACCAGCUCUGCAUUCCCCAUCACCAUGUCCCCUGAAGUAUCUGGGUGUCCCCAUCCCUGACUGGGUAUCCCCUACCUGCUCCCACAGGGACAGGGCUGGCUCCAGGGGCAUGACAGAGAGAUGCGCAGGGCUGUGGCAAGGGACAGAAGCAGGAGCAAGAACAGGCCCCCCAGCGCUUCCAGAUGUCCCCUGCAGUGCCCCAAGGCCUGUCCUCUCCCCAAGGAGGGACAGCAGGUGGGAAAGGCCCCGUUUUCAGGCCUUGCUGGUGGCCGCCAAGAGGGCCCUUCCCUGGUAAGACAGAAUAACCACCACUGCAACACCCUCUAGCAGCUGAAGUAAUCUAUUUUUGUUAUUUUGUUGAAUGUUUCUCUAUUUUUGUAUGGUGUAAAAAUUUAAUAUUUGUGCUCACACAUGAGACUUGUGCCCAUUAAAGUUGUUCCUGCUCUG